AUGGCCUCGGGCACAGCUAAGACCAUGAGGAAUGAAGCCACCUGCCCCAUUUGCCUGGACCUGAUGACUGAGCCAGUGAUGAUAUACUGUGGGCACAUCUACUGCCGUUCUUGCAUGAUGCAAAAUCUUGAGAACCAGCAACUGAAGUCACCUUCUCGGAGAAACUUCCCGUGUCCUCUAUGUAGGACACAGUUUCAAAGGAAGAGCAUCCGGCCCAGUAAGCAGCUAGAAAGCAUCAUUAAUACAAUUAAGAUGGAGCAGGAACAUUUGUGUGAAGAACAUGGAGAGAAGAUCUGCCUGUUCUGUGAAGAUGAUGGUCAGUUCAUCUGCUGGUUUUGUGAACGAACACCACAGCACAAAGGGCACACCACGGUCCUUGCCUGUCACGGCUACAAGUCUGAAAUUCUGGAUAAAAAAUAUUGCAUCGAGUAUAGCUUUAAGGUUUUUCACAUGAUCCUACACAUGGAGGAGAAAUCUUAUCUAUGGAGACUGGAGAAUGAAGAACAGCAAAUUCUGAGGAGACUGCAUGACAGUGAAGCCCAGUUGCAGAAGCAAAGCCAGGAACUGAACAAAAUCAUACUGGAACUGGAGAGGAAAUGUCUGGACUCAGCCCAGGAGUUACUACAGGAUUUGAGAGACAUUUUGGACAGGGUUUCUGCUAUGAAGUUAAGUGCACCGGAGGACGUCUCAUUGGAUAUUCAUGCUGUGCCUGACGUGGAUAGCAUUUUCUGUGAAUUGAUAAAAUUGUUUGAGACUGAUCAUGUGAAGGUGACUCUAGAUCCAGAUACAGCUCUCAGUGACCUACAUGUGGAUGAGGCUGAAAACAUGGUGAUUGGUGGAAGGCCCCAAGUGAAGCAGGACAUCCCUACAAGGUUUAAAGACUUACCCUGUGUCCUGGGAUGUGAGGCCUUCACCUCAGGAAAAUAUUAUUUUGAAAUGUAUUUUACAGGAGGAUCUGAUUGGGAUAAAAGUGAAAAAGCGCUGGUCUCCAUUUAG